GCUGCUUGUGUUUUUAGUGCUUUCGUGUACUCUGGAGUGGAAAAGGAAAUCUUCGUUUCGCUUUUCCUAUUUCCUCACCGGUGCCCUCCUCCCUGUGGAGCCGAAGCCUCCUGGAGCAGCGCUGGCCCGCGGACGCUUCCGCGCCGGAGAUGCUUUCUUGUUCCUCAGCAGUACUUAGUUCCUGGAGGCAUCCUUAAGUGCGCAGAUACAGACCGACCUUAGGCCUUCUCCAGGGACGAAGACUCCCUCAGCGAGCGUCCUUAGGGUCCCGAGUGUAGCGGCAAGCUUUCCGGGAAUCAUUUCCGUGAAAACAAUUGAUUUGUAACACUUUGCCUUCUAAAGAAAGAAAAGCGGAGGGGCGAGGUGUGGGGGAUGUGCACGAGCUUGAGGUGCAUGUGACAGGCGGGCUGCAAAAGCUGCUUCGGCGGUUGCAUUUCUCUGCUGAAUGUAUUAGCAGGUUUAUGCAUUGGUAACGUGCGCGUAUGUUAAGGUUUUAGUUACUGUUUAUUUCCCACUGUACAGUCGGAUUCUCGUUUACUAAUCCAAUAAAGAAAAUUGCUAAGACCGGUAAAGAAAUUGCUAUUUGUUUUGAAAUGCUAGGACAAAAGUUGACCUGGAGGGGAGCGCACAUGAAUUCUUAAACUUAAGUGAAAUGGUAUUUUGAAGCCAGACUUACUUUCUGUUAAUGAGCACACUUAAUAAGAGUUCAGUAAACUUAGUAUGCUUUUGCACAGCAGUGUCAUAGCAAAUAAACACAAUAGCAUGUGCUUUUUAUUAAUUAUAAAACGUUUCUUGCUGUCCUUAGGACCAAGGAAGUGAACGCUCAAUGUGGAGGGGGACUGACAUAUUUGGAGGGAAAUGGGAACAUAUACAGUAAUUAAAGAGUGAAAUCAUAUUUGACGGUCCAUUUUCUUACAGUUACUUGUGUUCAUGUGUAUGUGUGCUUGUGCAUGACGUGGCCCGAUUACAGGACGAGGGAAGAACACAGAACACAAAAUAACAACACAGACGCACAAGGAUGUGACAAAUGACUCGAGUGACCAAUGCACCAGUCGCUUUAUUUUUAUAUCCCCUAGACCCAAGGGCUCCUUGCUGACCCUCCACCACCUGACAAGAGUACCUGGACUGUUGGAUCCAGUGCACUGUGUCUGCCCAAGAAGAGAGACAUUAGAUCUACAAGUCAACUAAUGGACAAUUAGUAACUCACCUACUAGUUAAGAUUUCUGACAUUCAGAACAACUGUCUUUUAAUACACUGCUACUGUAUCAAGUCAACAAUGAAUUGGAAUGCAGAACCAGAGAGUGCUAUAUUACCAUCACAGUAUCCUAAAAGCCAGUCAUCUUUUUUGCAGCAGUCUUUAAUAAACCAAUUUACCACAACAUCUCACAACUCUUUCGGCUCUCCUGGAAAUAAUCAAGAAGCAUGCAUGUAUCCCAAUAAUUCAAAUCCAAUGCCACAGCCACUGCUGAAUAUCCAAAAUUGUCCUCAACCAAUCCCUGUUUCUAAUAUAAAUAAUGGGACAGCUGUGGACUCACAAACUUCAUUAGAAAGAAUAACAUUUGGAAAUGUUAAAGGACCCAAACAACUAAGUCACAAUUUACAAAUAUCUUCAGGAGUUACACAAAAUGUAUGGUUGAACUCAACAAUGAGAAAUCCUGUGCUUUCUCAUACAGGGGCAGCUGUAUCUCAUCAAGCUGAUUUUGCAACUAAUGUACCCAAUAUGCAUGCACCACAGAGUCAACUUGUAACUUAUAAUUCUAUGCGACUGCAAAUGAUCCCUUCCAAUUCUCUAAGAGUUCCUAUAACUUACCGAGGAAAUCAGGGACUUAACCAAUCUUUUUCAGAGCGAAAGGUUGACUGGACACAACAGUAUGCAUCUAAUGGACUGAGUUAUCCAGAUUAUAGACCACUUCCAAAGCAAUACUGUUAUGCACCACAAAAACUUUUGCAAGAUACUAAUAUUCAGAAGCGAAACCCUAUGCCAUCUACAUCAUUACAUGUUAAAAAUAGUCAGCUUCCAAAUUCUGCCCUGACUUUACAGUCAAAGGAGACUUCAGCUGUACCCUCUCAGCAAUAUGCCACUCAACUUGAUAAAAGACUCCCUCGUCCUCCUCCUCCUCCUUAUGACUGUAGAUACAGAAGCCAGCCUUUGCAAAGUGCUCCGUAUGUUCUUAAACAUGUGUCUGUGGAAGUUCCUCAGAGUCAAAAAAUGCACUCAUCUGAAAUAAGGACAGAGUCUAACAGAGACUUUCAACAACAGUGGCAAAACUCUAAUGAAAAUGUCAGCACAAUUGGAAAUUUCUGUAAUGUGAAACUAAAUGCCAAUGUCAAACAGCCUUUUAAUGAACCAGUUAAAUCUUCUGUGGAUGCUGUUCAGACUCUUAAUCAAAAUAAUCAAGAGAAAAGAAUGGAUUCUUGUAAUCCAACUUCGAAUCAAGUUUUGGAUACAAGUGUCACAAAAGAAAAGCUAGUGAGAGAUAUUAAAACAUUAGUAGAAAUGAAAAGGAAGUUUUCAGAACUUGCGAGGAAAAUUAAAAUCAAUAAAAAUAUUUUGAUGGCAGCAGGUUGUAUUAAAAUGAGUGAUACCUCUUAUAAUCAACCAGCCCAAAAUUCUGAAUUGUCCCUGAAAGAACAAACUGCUAAAAUUCAGUCUGGACUACAGAUAACCCCAGUAAUUCCAGAGAUUGCAGGGGGACAGUCGUCAACAAUAACAGAAUCUACAGAAACAAGUAAAACACACUGUGCAUUAAAUUCCAACAUUCAAGAAAUCAAUUGCAGAAAGUUUAACCAAGCCAGUUCUGUUGUGCUAAAUUCUGUCUGUUCGGAAAAGUUGCCAAUGUCAGCCCAGUGUCAUGAUUGGAAAGUUCCGACGUCUUCAAAGACGUCAACUGUCGAGAGGACCCAGGCAACAUUGAAUAACACUGAACUUUCUUCAGAAAAUUCUGUCCAAGUUGAACUAAAUAUGCCAGCAAUUUGUGAGACAAUAUCUGUUCCACAAUCUGCAUCAUUUGAGGAAUAUGCUUCAAAACUUUUAAAUAAAAAUAGGCUACUUCUUAAUUUGCUUACACAAGGAGAUAAUAUUGAGAAGAAAUUAUUAAAAGAUGAUAGUAGAGCUAUUCAGGAUUCUAAAGUAGACAAUUGUGAAAUGAAUCUGAAUGCUCAAAUCACUGGUAACCAACUGACCUUGAAAACUACAGAAACGUCAAGUACUUCUAAUGUAAUUGCCAGGAUUUCAGACAGCUGGGAUUGCAUGGAGGAUGAAUCCUCAACAAAAGGAAUGUCUGAUAAAAGUAACAGUGAUUAUUGCAUGGAAUUGCUGGCAACAUGUCUUUCUCUAUGGAAAAAGAAACCUUCAGAAACUACACAGGAAAAACAGUGUAAUGAGUCAAAAACAAACAGAACAGCAGUUGGAAUUUCAAAGCCUGCAGACAUCUCUGUUAAGAGUCUUUGUUCAGUUGUGGGAAAUUCUCAGAAUAAAAUAGUUAAUCCCCCACAAGAAACAGCUUUGUCAAUGGUAGUGCAGAAUUACGAGUCUUCAGGGACAACUAUAACAAAGGGAACAGAACUUCAGAUCGCUGUAGUAUCACCCUUAGUUCUUUCAGAUGUCAAAACAUUGUCUGUCAAAGGAAUAGCACCUGAAGCUUUACCUGAAACAGUAUAUCCAGUUAUUAAAGAAGGCAGUGUUUGUACUUUACAAAAUCAAUUGGCAGAAUAUACGACAGUAAGUCCUACUUUGAGAGUUGAUGUUAAUGGACCAGUAGCAAGUACAACAUCAACCAAGAUUUUCCCACUAACUCAUAAGGAGAAGGAUAAUGAGUCAACUAUUGGUAAUUCACAAGACACACCUAACAUCAGUCAAGGAAAGUAUAACAAAUCAGAAUCAGAUAUCUAUUCUCUUGUGAGUGAUAAACAAACCUUGUAUAAAUCAGGAGAUAAUAGUGUUGUCACUAGUGAUAUAUUACAGAUUGACAAUAUCUGUUCUCUUGUUGAAGGUGAUGUCUCUUACAACUCCCAAAUAGCAAAGAUAUUCAACUCUCUACCUGUGAAAAAGGUUGAGCCACAAAAACCUCUAUCCAAUCAGGAAGGGAUUAGUAAUGGAGAACAAAUAGAGCAAAUAAAUAACAUCACUGAAAAUAAAGACUUUGAUUUUCAAAAAGAUAAGCCAGCACUGUACACAGAUGUUUCUGCUAAAAUGACUGAUCUGUCAAAGUCAGAGCAGCUUCUGGAGUCGUCAUCUUUUAAUAAUCCUGAAGCAAAUAGAGGCGCUCUAGAGGAAAGCAAUGUGGCUCAUACCGUGGAGAAAGAAAGCACAGUUGAUAAUAUGUGUUCUUCAGCUGCUGGUCAGCAGGAUAUUUACCCUCAGGAAAUUGAUGUCUCCAGCACUUAUACUGCCCAAGAGCCUGCAAGAAAUGAGAUUGACGACAAUAAGACAUCUGCCUUAUACCUACAUGAUCAGCUGUCAGAACUGUUAAGAGAGUUUCCUUAUGGCAUUGAAGCUAUAAACAGACAUGAAGGUUCUGUGGGCCAACAGAUGACCAACCAGAUCUCAGAAGAUCAGACUGGUGAUAAUGCCAGUUGUGACUCCAAAGACUCAACAGAUCAAAUACAAAUUACAAUUUUAAGCUCAGAGCAAAUGAAAGAAUUAUUUCCUGAACAGGAUGAUCAACCUUGUGUUGGAGACAAAUUGGCAGAACCUCAAAAAGAAAAGCCUACUGCAGAAGUAGGUGACCAGAGUGACCCCCAAACACCUGCAAAAGGAGAAAAUCGUGAUUCUCCAAUAGUGGACUCAGAGAAAGAUGAUGUCCGUUGCUGUGCACUGGGUUGGCUGUCUAUGAUGUAUGAAGGGGUACCCCAGUGUCAGUGUAAUUCUACUUCAAAAGAAGAGAAAGGGAAAGUACAGUGUUUGCCUUUGAAGACCAACAGUAAUAAUCAAGGGGAGAGAACCUCUGUUAGAGAUGUGCCUAUUGCUGAAUUUAAUAGUCUUUCAAAUAAUCCAAAGACUCCACUGACUCUUACGGAUGAGAAAAAUCAUUUUCCUGAAAUACAAAACAGCAAUAUAAAAGAUACAUCUGAAACAAAACAUAAUAGCCUCGUAAGGAAGGAACAAGAAUUAACUGGUCCAUUUUCCUCUAAAUGUGAUAAACUAGUUUCCUUGCAAAAUCAUGAAAAUAAAUCCCUGAGAUUUCAUGAGGUAACCUUUCACUCUAGUAAUAAAACAGCAUUUUACAAACAAACUUCUCAAGAAAGCCUGCAGAAGAAACAUGUAACACAAAACUUACGCCCACUAAAAGCGAAGACAGUUUUAUCAAUAAAUAAAGAUCUGUAUAAGAAGAAUGGUUCUUCAGUACAGUUAGUAUCACCAGAAAAGAAAAACUCAAAAUUUAAAGCAGGUGGCUUCAAACAAAAGUUUCUGGAAAAAAGGAAGUUAGACCAAGGGAGCAUACGUGACACGGAGGUAAAGAAGAAGAAACAUGAUAAACAGGAGCAGAAUAAAACUGUUGGAGCCACAUUUAAAUUAUGUGAUUUUUUGUCAAACCCAAAUGAAAGAGCCAGUGUUAAAGAAAAGACCGAGUCAAAUACUAAGUCCUCAGACCCGAAGGCUAGUUCAUCUAAACGUGGUAGAGUUCUAACUGUGGAGGAGUAUUUACAAAGGCAGAAGCAUAAAGAAGCAAUGAGUAAUAAAGCAUCAGAGAGAAUCCAUCUGAAAAAUGUACCAUGCAAUUCUGAACACUCGAGAUCUGGGAAGCUUUCUGUACAAGUUGGGAGUUGUGAGAAAUCAAAUGAGAGACACAAUAUCAGUGUACACACCUCUAAAGAAUCAUUAAAUAUUUCUACAAGCCAUGGUAAAAACCUCAAAGUCCACCAUUCCACAGAGUCUAAAACAUGCAACAUUUCAAGGAAUGUUAGAGGAGCAGUUGAUGGAAAGCAGCCUGACAAAAUGUGGAUUGAUAAGGCCAAAUUAGGCAAAAAAUUAACCAAUGUAAAUAGUGAAGUUCAGUUUGGCCAAAUGCCUCUGCAAGCAAAGGAACAAAAGAAAUCAUACCUGAACAGAGUUGCAUUUAAAUGCACUGAACGUGAAAGCAUUUGUCUCACCAAAUUAGAUAAUUCACCUAAGAAGCCUAACAAAAAUAAAGAGAAGACAGAGGAAAAUAAACCUAAGACCCUUUUACCUGUGAAAGAUGCUACGGAAAAACCAGGCAUGCUCCAGUUUAAAUUGUGCCCAGAUGUACUGUUGAAGCAUACAAACUCUGUUGAAGAUAAAAAGGAUCUUAAGCCUCGUCCUAGGAAGGAGCAAGCACCUGUGCAAGUUUCAGGAAUAAAAAGUACAAAAGAAGACUGGUUAAGAUGCAAAAGUGUGAAGAAAAGGAUGCUGGAGGACACUGAGAAAAUAGAUAACAAUGUAAAUUCAAGACACUGCAAGAGAAGCUUCAGUGUAGAUGGAUUGGAGAUGCUACAAAAUCCAGUAAAAGAUUCAAAAGCAAUGUUUCAAACCUACAAACAGAUGUACCUGGAGAAGAGAAGCAGAAGCCUUGGUAGCAGUCCGAUAAAGUAAUUACGAGACGUUCUGUAGUUGCCACGUUUGUGUCAUUUUCUGUUCGGAAUACUUUGCUGGAAAUAUCUCAGAGCUGCCACAGUAAAAAUUUCUCUGUCAAAGUUUGGUCCCACUUCAGUUAUGUAUUCCAUUGAAAUUGCUUAAUUAAAAUGGCUUGAGAACUUUGUGGGUAAGCAGACUUAAGAAAUAGAUAGUAUUUGGCAGAGAAGCCAUAAGGUAUUUGAACUUCUACAUUAUUGAACCAAGUUUACCAUUAUUUUGAGAGGAAUACUUUCUACAGACCUACUUUUGAAAUGCUGACUAUCCACCUUGAGGGAAGAUUGUUCCUCAGGUAGCAACUUGUUUAUUUAACUGGGACUGUACAUAUAUUUUUGUUUUUAAGCUACAUUAACAAAACUUAUUUUUCAAAAAUGCCCACUGUGAAUGUCAGAUUAUAUUCUUAAGUAUUUUGUACCUAACUGUAAACUUUUUUUCAGAAGUCUUGUUUUAUACUUGUUAAACUGAAUACAAUUUUUAGAUAAUGUUUUAACAUUACUUUUCAUACUUGAAAUAAACAUUUAUUUUUUAAAAAACUAA